AUGGACCAGCCAGUCAUCGGCAUCACCUCCACCGCAAAACCAACCCAGAAGACAGCAUCUUUUGAAAGAGAAAGAUGGUGGAGAGCAGUAUUAACGACUACUCCUGUCCCUGGCACUUACCACUUGAAAACUUUUAUUGAAGAAUCCCUAUUAAAUCCUGUGGCAGCAACCUAUAAUUUUAAAAAUGAAGGAAGAAGAAAACCACCUCUUGUGCAAAGAAACAAUCCAGUACUAAAUGACCUUCCUCUGUACGUGCCUCCUGACUUCUUGGAGUUGUUGAAGAAGCAAGUGGUCACUUAUUCAUUUAAAGACAAACCACGGUCAGGCCCCAGCACACUGGUUUACAAAGAUCAGUCAGAUAAGCUUUCACCAGGACAAUACAAUCUGCUUCCUGCACCAGUUCCCAAAUAUGCUUCCAGGAGUUUUGUAUUUCGUUCUACAGUUCAAAGGUUUCCAACAGCUUGCUUCACUCCUCACGAAGGCCCAGGACCAGGUCAUUAUAACGUGAAAACACCUCCAGCAAGUUCUAUUACUUCUUGUUUUCAGUCCAAAGUACCUCGUUUCUUGCCUGCCUGUUCAAAAACCCCGGGUCCAGGAGCGUACACAUCUUCAGCACAAUUCCCCAAGCAGCCCCGGACCAUAGCCAAAAUGGGGCGAGAACAUAGCCUGUUCUUCAACAACACAAUCGGCUUUUAA